AUGGAAGAGGAUUCAACUAUGAAUGAUUACGAAGUCAAUUCAACGAUUCAUGAAGAAGAUAGUGUGUUCAGUAACCUCUUUGAAGCUGAAUCGAGUUCGGUUAACAAGCCAUGUAGUAGCUGGUAUAACAGUAGGAUGAUAGAAACAGAUGAAGGUGAAAUAUGUUGGAUACUGGAAGUAGAGGAAGAUGUAAGACCAGUUAAGGGUCAAGUUUUUGAUACAAUAGAUGAUUGCAUUGAAAUGUAUGAGAGAUAUGCGUACCAAGCGGGGAAACCACAAGGUGUAAGCAUAGAUACACUUAAUCACGAAAAUAGUGGCAAAAGAGUACGUAUUUCGUCACUGCAAGUGACAGGAUGUGAAGCACAUGUCAUAUUCAAGCUGAUCGAAGGCCGACAAUCGUACAUAUUAGACGAGUUUGAGGAAAAACACAAUCAUCAGUUGAAUUCGGUGGAGCAUAGACACUUGUCGAGAAGACAAAGGAAAUUGGGAAUCUCUGAAAUGACGUUUAUUAAUAAGGUUUCAACUUCGAAUAUAGGAGCGACAAGAGCUCAUCAUACCUACAACAAUAUGCUAGGUUCUUACAAGAACACACACGGCACAGUGAACGACUUCAAGAACUACAAGAACAAAAUCAAUUGUUUUAUAAGCUCAAGUGACGCACAGAUGUUGGUAAAUAGAAUGGAAAACAGACGAGAGCAUGUCCCAAAUUUUACCUUCGAAUACAAGGUAAAAGAUAACAGUGAGUUGGAGUGUAUGUUUUGGGCCGAUGAGACAGCAAAAGUAAAUUUCAAAGAAUUUGGAGAUAUCAUUUCAUUCGAUGCUACUUACAGGACAAACAGGUACAACAUGAUGUUUGUCCCAUUCACUGGGAUAGACAACCAUAAGAAGACUGUGUCUAUCGGAGCUGGUAUGCUUAGGGAUGAAACAGCAGAUUCUUAUGUGUGGUUGUUGAAAGUGUUUUUGGAUACAUUUGGAAGCCAACCAAAGAUGGUCGUCACAGAUCAAGAUGCAGCAAUGAAGAAGGCUGUUGCACUCAUCUUAACAGAAUCAAGGCACCGACUAUGCAUGUGGCACAUCACUCAGAAGCUGCCUCUGAAGGUAGGAAAACGCAUGUUUGAUAAUACUGAUUUCAAGAAGAAGUUCAAUAACAUAGUUUGGAACAUAUCAUUGAGUACAAAGACGUUUGAGAAAAGAUGGGCAGAGAUAAUGAAGGAAUUCAAGUUGGAAGAACAUCCAUGGUUCACGCAUAUGUAUGAUAUCAGGUCUACAUGGAUACCACCUUACUUCACAGACUUACCGAUGUCGGGUUUGAUGAGAACCACCUCAAGAUCGGAAAGCGAAAACUCAUUCUUCAGCAAUUUCACAAGUGGUGGAGCAAUGUUGAUUCAAUUUAUGAUGUCAUAUGAGUCUACCAUGGAGAGGCAGGGGAGCAGGCUAGAGGUUCUCGACCACCAGACGCAUAAUAAGAGACCACCGCUUCAAACCCCUUUUCUUAUUGAAGAACACGCUUGCAAUGUUUACAUGCGUACCAUUUUCUUGUUAGUGCAAAAAGAAAUAUAUUUGGGAAGUUGGCGGUGUUCUCAGCAUUCCGUAACCUCAGGGAUGCAAGGAUGUGAUGUGAUUGUGGUUAAAGAGAUUAGGGAAGUUAAGAAAAACAUACAAAAGGUGGUGGUAGGCAAAAAGAAAGACAAGAAUGUUGAAGUGGUUGAAGACAUCAAAACUGUGGAUCCAGAAGAAGCUGAAGAUGGAAUGGAAAAUGAAAUCGAAAAUGAAACAGGGACGGGAAGCACAACCAAAACUGUGGAAAAAGUAUAUACUUUCCAGAAGGAUGAGGAAAAGCUGUCUCAUUUUGUUGAAAAAGUCAGGGCGCUAAAAGAUGAGAUAGAGGUUGCACAUUCAAACUCAACAUCAAAGGAUCAUGAUGAGGCAAUAGAGAGAUUCUUAGGAGUUACCAAGCCAAGUAACAAUGAUGUUCAAAAUCCACCUGUUUUACCAUACAAGGGAUGCGGAAACGACAGCAGAUUAAAGUCUCUAAAAGAAAAGGUGACUGAAAAAUAUCUAAAGCCAAAAAGAAAGUGCAGAAAGUGUGGGACAUUGACAAGUGACAACGACGCAAGGAAUUGUGAAAAGAAGAAAGCAGAAAAAGCUAAAGCAGAGGCGGUGGCUCAAGCUCUUGAAAAACUUGAAAAGAAGUAA